GCUCUCCCUCCUUCCGCCUCUUCUGGGUACUUCACAUCCGGUUUAGGCUGCGCCUCUUAUCGAGUCUACAACGUAGACGUAUAAACGAUAGAGAGCAACCAACGCGCGUACAACAGCCCUGCGUUCAACGGAACCGCGUCAGCCGUAAUAUCUAGUACACUUGCGUUAAUGUGUUUUGUGUCUCUGGUGCUUUGAAGCCAGUAGCCCGUGCCACAUCUCUCGGUGACGUCAGCGGCUACCGCCAUCUUGGCUGGGGUCUGUACAGCUGCCCGCUCCUGGCAGAGGUAAGGCAGCGGCGGACAGGGAGCCGCGGCCUGAUGAGACUUGUUUGGGGUGAGAGAUAGCCCUCCCCGCCUGCUGCACGGUGUUCCCGGCUGCUCCACGACCCCCGCUGUAGGCUGCCCAGUUCUGUCCCCUCACUCCCUCCGCAAACAGCAGCAUGACGUCCCUGACCCAGCGCAGCUCCGGGCUGGUCCAGCGCCGCACCGAGGCCUCCCGCAGCGAGCGGGACAGGGCGGAACACGGGGACGAUGAGGACCGAGACCGUGACGAGCAGGACGAAGACGACAAGGCCGGGGACAAGGAGGCCAGACUCACCCUGAUGGAGGAGGUGCUACUGCUGGGGCUGAAGGACAGGGAGGGCUACACCUCCUUCUGGAACGAUUGUAUCUCGGCCGGCUUACGUGGCUGUAUGCUGAUUGAACUGGCGUUCAGGGGACGAAUUACACUCGAAGCCGGAGGGAUGAGGCGUAAAAGCCUCCUGACAAGAAAGGUUAUCUGCAAAUCCGAUGCCCCCACCGGUGACGUUAUGCUUGACGAAGCCUUAAAACAUAUAAAAGAAACCCCUACCCCGGAAACUGUGCAGAGCUGGAUCGAACUUCUAAGUGGUGAGACAUGGAACCCUCUAAAACUCCACUUCCAAUUACGAAAUGUCCGUGAGCGGCUGGCUAAAAACCUUGUGGAAAAAGGCGUCCUCACUACGGAGAAACAAAACUUCCUGCUGUUUGACAUGACCACCCACCCGCUCACCAACAACACCAUCAAGCAGCGUCUCAUCAAGAAGGUGCAGGAGGCCGUUCUUGACAAGUGGGUGAAGGAUCCCCACCGCAUGGACAAGCGUCUGCUGGCCCUUAUCUACCUUGCCCACUCCUCCGACGUCAUAGAGAACGCCUUCGCACCGCUCUUGGAUGACCAAUACGACUUGGGUAUGAAAAGAGUGCGGCAGCUGCUCGACUUAGACCCCGAGGUCGAGUCUACGAAACCCAAUGCCAACGAAAUCCUCUGGGCUGUGGUGUCCACCUUUACAAAGUAAAACCCGCUCGUGGUCCAGGGUGUUCAUCGUACGUGAAUCUGCUCGGCAUUCUCGGUCAUUUGUAUUUUGCUUGUGUUGCGUCGGCUAAGAAGUCAUCGGUUUCCGUCUGUCUGCAGGAUUCUGCUGGAACGAUGCGACCUUCCCGUCGAAAGAGUUCUUUUUGCCAUAUUGGCACUUCACUACUCCUAAAACUCGUUACCUGGAAACCAUUUUUUUUCCUCUCUAACUACUGGAAGGGUUCAUUUUAAACAACUGGCAGCAAAGCUUUGGCCCACGCAACGCAGGAGUUGCUCGCCGUGAGUUUCUUCACCAACGCUCGAGAGGUUCUAGGUCAAAGUGAAACGCGUCACGGAAAAGCCUUUCAAUCACCAAAGUCUAAAUACGUGUCUUUAUUUUUCCAUUUCUUCCUUAGCGCUUUCUAGAAUAGUUUUAACACUUUUGGGCUGCUCCAUAAACUUUCCUUUUCCCCCCUUUUCUUUUACCCAAUAUCUCCUGCCACGGCCGUAACAAAAAAUAAA